CGUCAAUAUGGCCAACCAUCAUGAACACGUAGACGGUUGGCACGGAGAAAAACCUGUUAAUCUUUAUAUUUGAUACAGGGUUUUAUUCAAAAUGUUGAUAAUGCUCUGGUGAUCAAUCAUAGUACAAGAAGAUAAAAGUGAAGUUAAAUUUAAAAAUAAAUAAAUUAUACCAAAAGCAUAUUUGGGGAAAUUUGGAAUAUAGACAUUUUGUGUAGACUUGUUGACAAUGAAAUUUAGGUUGAGCUUUCCAAGAUAUUCAAGAGAACAUUAUGGAUUUCAGUCAAAUGUGGAUUUGAAUAAGUUAUCUGAAAAGGAAAGAUGGAGGGUGGAACAUCAAAUGCUUCACGAGAAGCACAAAGGACACGAAUCAAUGCAUGCAGAGAUGGCCAUCAUCCUCCUAGUUACGCUCAUUGUUGCCCAGAUAGUGCUAGUGCAAUGGAAAACUCGCCAUUUCAAAUCUUAUCAGAGAGCUACAUUAAUAGGAAUGUGGUUGAUUCCUGUAGUCAUUUGUAUUAAAUUCAGCUGGUGGAGAUUCUGUGUGUUUUGGGUGAUCUUUUCAAUAAUUACAGGAUUUGUGACCUAUAAGGCAUCCAGGAAACCUUUAUCAGGAUCAACACCUCGGUGGGUGUACAAGUGGUUCCUGUUGCUCUACAAACUCAGCUAUGCCUCUGGUAUCGUCGGCUACCUCAUCAUAAUGUUCACCAUAUUUGGUCUGAACAUGCUGGUCCUGGUCAAACCACAAACUGCUAUGGAUUUUGGUCUUCUUCUCUUGUUUUAUGGCUUGUAUUUUGGUGUGGUAUCACGUGAUUUUGCGGAAGUCUGUGCAGACACUAUGGCUGCACAUAUAGGUUACUAUUCUACUACAGGUCUUCCUGCUAAAAGGCUGGAUUCUAACACGUGCGCAGUCUGUGGCAAUGAAAUCUUUAUCAUGAGCAAUGACAAUGCAGUCAUAGAGAAAACAAUAAAACUAAAUUGUGGUCAUAUAUUUCAUGAAUUUUGUAUACGAGGAUGGUGCAUUGUGGGUAAAAAGCAGACCUGCCCAUACUGUAAAGAAAAAGUAGAUUUAAAGCGCAUGUUUCCUGGGCCAUGGGAGCGUCCCCAUGUGAUGUAUGGAAAUCUUCUUGAUUGGAUCAGGUAUUUGGUUGCCUGGCAACCAGUCAUCAUUGGAAUCGUUCAAGUCAUCAACUGGGCUUUGGGUCUAGAAUAGCAGCUUUGUAUCUGGAGAGAGGAUAUGCUAGGGAGGAAGUAAAAGUAAAAAAAAAAAUGUUAAAAGUAUAUAUUUAUAUUUCUUUUUGAGAUUUAGGUAUGUGUGUGUGUGCAUAAAUAUAUACACAUAAGGUUCAUGAAAAAGAAACUUUUUUCCCCACAAUUCCAUGAAAUAUUAACAUCGAGCUCAAUAACAAGUAUAUGACUGGCUGGCAACUUUGAAGGAUCUUGAUUGAUUGCAUUAAUUCUUAUAGGUUUGAAACAUGCAUUUGAGUGACCUUCGUUUGAAAGAAUUUUAUGUGUGCAAUAGUCAUUGGGUGUCAUGCAUGCCAUUUAUUGAAUUGCCAUGAUGUUUUGUUUAUUUAUUUAUGUAUAAAAAUGUAACUGACUGUAUGGUAUCAGGAAUGCUGGACGUUGUUAAAUAAUUUUUUGCUUAUGUGAUAGCAGAACCUGAUCUGAAAUAAAUUGUCAUUUGGGUUGUUUAAUUUAAUGUCUGGAAGAAAGUUGUCAAUAUAUUAAUUUGCAAGACAAAAAAAAACAGUAUGAGAAAUCAUUAUAUAAAACAAAAACUGAUAGAUGCUUUGAAGUCUGUAAUCCUCGGUUUGGCUUCAUAGUCUCUAAUCCUCAGGCUUAAAGUUUCUGAUCCUCCCUUUUAACAGUCUUGAUCAACAAAUAGCAGUUACCUCAGUAUGUGUUUGUUACCACACAGGUCAAGAGCAAAUGGUUUCUCUGGCUUGUCAAAGGGGCAUUCUUCAAUUCAAGGACUGGUAUAAAAUGCAAUAACACAUGAUUUCUUCAUCUCUCUCUUAUUAUGAAUGGUAGAUGGGCCUGAAUUGUACAAAAUAAGAACUAAAUUUACAUUAUACUGUGGCAGUUGAUAUAUGGUUGAUUGUAUAUAUAACAGAAAGGUUGAUGACUUGCUUGUUACCCUACAGGGAGUGGAUCUGUCAAUUUGGUCAUUUGAGAGAAAAGUGUUGGGAAAAGUAUUUGAGAAGUGAUUUUGAAUUGAUGUAUAGCUUUAUAUUGUAUGAGGUACAUGAUGUGUUGGUCUGAGAGCAAACAUAAAUCCAUUAUAUAUUUGUUUAAAUGUUUGUGUGUUUGUUUCUUCUGAUGAGCCUCCAAAGUAGAACAAAGCUUUAGCCUAUAAUUAUUAUAUAAAGUCUAUUUACUUUCUGCUAUUUUAACAUAGAGAGUAAAUGAAAAUAUUGGAUCAAAUGUAUUUUAUUGCAAACAAAAGAUUAUUUAUUUUUAUUACACGAUUUUUAUAAAUAUCAUGACUUUUGGUUGAUGUUAGAGAUGUGUCAUGUUAAUAGCAGGGUUAGGAAAAGUGCACACCUCCAGCGCACUAAUUAGACUAAUCAUGUUAUUACAAUUGAUAUUAGGCAUUUAUAGUUAUAUUACUAUGUUGAUGGUGAAAAUAUAUGCUGAUGAACAUCAGAAACCCAAGCAGGGUUAACCCAGUUACAUUUUAUAGAGUGGUCGUUUUGGCGCUGGACAUUUUAGUGCUAAAUGUUUUAGACAUAUUUCAUUUUAUUAUGUCUUUAAAAAAAAGAAUGAUUCUUAACUAUGUUUUAUAUGUGUGUUUGUAUUCAAUUAAACUUUUUUUGUGAAGAGCCAGUUAUUUUUUGCCCAUUAGAUUUGGAAUUGAAGUUUGUUGUGUAAUUAUUGUAAUGUCACUAUAUAAUGUUUUGUGAGUAUUUAUAUUGUCCAGAAACAAAGAUUAAAAAAAAAAUUAUCUAUGCUGUUUUCAAAAAAAUAUGGGUAUAAAAAAUCAUUAAAAAAAAAGCCUAUCUAAGUUAAAGAGCACCACAAUUAUAGAGUGCCCCUCAAUAAUGUAGAUGUUAUUUUCUUUAUGUGAUAUCAAACAAAAUAAGUAAUUACCAAUAAUUAAUUGACUAAUUGGUUUAAUAUUUUUAUUGAUUCAUGUUUUGUUAUGUACAAUUAAUAAUUUUUUAAAGUUUCAACUUGAUUCGAGGAUGUGUGUGGGAGAAAUUAGGUGGUCAAUUAUCUAAGGGGACAAAAGUGUACUUAUUUAGCUGUAUCUCUCAAUACUGAAGGAUUAAUUUCCCUUGUCAAAAUAAUUAAUCACCAGUAAUUAAUUGACUAAUUGGUUAAUUUCUUUUAUUGAUUCAUGUCUUGUCUACGCCAAUGAAUAAUUGUACAGUUUCAACUUAAUCUGAAAAUGGUUGUGAAAAACUUAAUCUGAAAAUGGGUAUGAGAGACUUAUUAUGAAAAUGGGUGUGAGAAACUUAAUCUGAAAAUGGGUGAGAGGGAAAUACCAUGUACAAAAUUUCUACUAGACAGAUAGACAAAGUGAGUUGAUAUAAGCUUUGUAAAACAGAUGCUUGUCAUCCCGUGGGUUUUGCACAUCUUGCCUAUAAUUUAUAGGGAAAAAGCAUGUCAAUAUUGUGUCUCAGAUAGAAAUCUGACCAAUCAUUGCUGAAGAAUCAUUUUGAUUGGGGAGGGGGUUGAUAAUGUAUACUAUAUAUACUAUGGUAUACUAUAGUGAAUGAAAAAUUGUUAAUUAUACAAAUUUUUGUGUUUUAAUUUUUAUAUCGCCAGAACUUUUAGCACCAUAUGUCCAGCGUCAAAACACCAUCAGAAACUAUUGCUUAAAUUUUCAAGGGAUUUAUUGUUAACAAAUUAUAGCAAUGUUGGUGUAAAAUUUUUUAAUGAAGUGGUCUAACUCUAUAUAGCCAAAUCAUGUUUGUACACAUUGGCCAGGAACAGAAAUAUUGGGAGAAAGGACAAAGGAUAGAUUCAUUUGAUGAACAAGAUAAACAAUGUCUAGUUUAAAAAUAAAAUUAAAGGAAAUGAUUUCUAAUAGAAAUUGAAAUAGAUCUAGUGAUAUUUAGGUAGGGAUUUUUUUCUUAUGUUGACAACAAAUACUUUAUAGGUUUAAAAAAAAUAAAUAAAUUAGAUAUGUAAAUAUUCAUAAAGUCAAUAACUUAAAUAAGAUACUAAAAUAGAUGUUGACUUUGGUUACAAGAGGAAGGAAGAUAGAUGAGCAACACUCUGGGUAUUUAUUUGAAGCCAAAUCUAAGCCACAAAUUGUCCUGUUUUAAAACAAUUAUCUGUUUUGUAUCUACUGUAGGAACAAUCUUUUUAUUACAUAAUUAAUCGAAAUUAAGAAAAACUAUUAGAUGAAUGUUUUUACAAUAGUUGGUGCAAAUGGCAUUUCCAUUUUUGAAAGUAUAGCACAUGUAUACUCAAAACUUGGCCCAUCCCUGAUUCAGAGUUGUUUAAAUUAGUCCAAGAAAAAUUGACAGAUUUAAUGAAAAUAACUAUUUUAUGACAUAUUCUUGUUUUAAAGGCACAUCAUUAUGAAUUAUUAUAUGGCUCAGUUUUUAUAUAAAUGUAAUUCAUAGAUGAGUCUGUUUUGUAUUUAUGUGACAGACUUUAUGAGACAAUAACUCUGAAACAGUAUUUGUAACUAGAAAGACUUUUCAUGAGGGGUAUCUUAGUGUGUUUAAAGCAUUACUAGCUUGCUUAACAUCAAACUAUUAACACAGUUACACACCUAUUGUAUGAUAGUAAUUUUGUUUGUUUGUCGUAGCCUGUUUAAAAUAACUGAUAUACUCAUCAAACUUACUAGUGUUCUCAUUUCUUCCAGUGAUUAUGUAUUUGUGUCUUUUAUAGAAUAUGCAAGCUCUGUAUCUUUAGGCACUGCUCUUUUCUUGACAAAUAUAUGAGUUGAAUGUUUUUUUAUUUCAUUUUUAAAUAAAAAUGCCAUUUUCUUAUUCUAAACUCUGUGUGUGUGUGUAUUGGAGGGGCCGCUACAGAUUUUAGCUCUUGAUUCGUACAAUUUGUAAUGAGUAAAUGUGUUGUUUUUUUCUUUUGAAUGGAAUUCUGUAAUUAAAAGAUUUUUAUUUAACCAGCUUGCUCAUUUUAAAUUUAAGCCAUUUCUUUGCUAUUUUGGACGUUAUAAACUAAACGUAUUUAACCCAGGAGAAACUUUCCAAUGAAAGGUUACUAUAAAGCUUGUAUAAACAACAUCUCAGUAGAUAAAUCUUAGUGUUUGAUGUAUAAUGAGGUUGUCAGUAUUUUCAUUGCCUAAUUUUAAUCAUUUUUUAACAUAGUAAUUAUACAAAUGAGGUAUUAUGGUUAAUGUUAAAAGAGCCAAUCAAACUACAUGAACUCAGUGUCAUGUGGUUGAGUGGACUAAAUGUUCUGGGUUUAAAUCCUACUUAAUGCUACUUUUAAUUAGAAGAUGUAAAAGCUGACAUCAGUCGAGGGAAUGUCUGUCAUCAUUGAAGGAAUUUAAGGUGGAUUGCUGGCCGCCCUCACCCUGCGACAUGAUUGGACUUUUACUUGCUUUACAACAGUAAUGACCAUGAGAAUAAAGUCACAGAAAUCUAUAAGUCUAUAAAUGUAAUCAUUAUUUACAUGUUGUUUUUUUUUCAAUUUUAACCACAAAAUUAAAUUUAGAUAUCAUCUUAUUUUCUGUUAUGAUCUCAGCAUCUUACUGCAGGUAACAUUUGUCUGUUUGUUAGGUCAGUGAGGGUUUCUUUCACCAGCACAACCCACCACAUUUACCUUCCCCUGUAUAUAUUAUGUUAGGUGAUCUUUAGAUGUGGGUGAAGUAUGGAAUUGUGAUAAUAAAAUAAAGUCUUAACAGAGAUUCAGACUCAAGACACUAAAAGCCAAUUCUUCUACAACACUGCCACAUAAGCUCCUUUUUUGUCCAAAGAGAAAGUGAAAAUGUUCAACAUUUUAUACGUCUCAAAAUGAGGGAAUGGUUUUUGGUAUUAUGUCAAAUUAAAAUCUUAACCCACUUUUGUGAAGGAGGUGUAAACUGUUACUGGUACCGUAUGUAAGAAUCAACUAAAAAUAUUUUUAUUAAGAGUAGAACUUAUAAAGUUUUUUCAAUUUUAAAAUUGGGGAUUACCGGUAUUGACUAAAACCCUUUAAGUGUUGGACAUUACAAGCUUCUCAUGUAAAUUGUGUGAGGAAUCAAUCCCUUUUUCACUGCUCUUGUAGCACAAUUCUAGCACAUUUUAGCACUUUGUUUCCCUCCUUGAAUCUUAUCAAAAAGAACAAAAAAUAAGUGCUUAUGAAGAUACCAGUGUCAAAGUAUGGUGGCUUUCUUUUUUUUUUUUUUUUUUUUUUUUUUUUUACAUAUUUUUUAAACAAAGAAAUGAAAUAGAAACCCACCACAUUUGUCACUUAGGUAGCACUGCUAGCUUCCAAUGUCUGCUGUUUCCUGCAAGAGUUUGUAAAGGACAAUGUAUUUUUUAAAUGUCUAUUCCCUUCCCUCCCCAACUUCUCUUUUGUUGCCUAUAAUCUUUGAAACGAAAAAAAAGAUGUCAUUGGAAUCUAGAAACCUUGGUUUUUAUGCUAAGCUUGCUGUACACUAGCUAAAGGCAUUCCUUUAUGGGUGAAAUGUUUAUGAAUUUAUCACUUCCUAAACUAGUUUGCAAUUUUUUUAAUAACGUAAAUGAGUGACUAUUUUAUUUUCACUUAUAGAGGAGACAUUUUAUUUGUAUAAAUCUGGGAAGAUAAAGUUUUAUUUUCAAAAAUUCUCUUUAUUUAGUUGUUUUGUAAAUACAUUUUUUCCCAAGAGGUGCAUGAGCUUAUUGUCUGUAUAGGUAGAAGCUAUCAACUAAAUGAAUCUGUAUACAUGGAAUAUACCUAAUUUAAUAUUUAAACCUGGAAAAUAGAACAUAGUUCAGUGAAAUGCUACUGGUACAUGAACUAUUUUGUGAUGGUAGCCAAUAGUCUAUUUUAUUACUUGCAGUCUGUAUCUAAUUACCAUAUCCAUUAGAGCUUACAUUAAAGUGUAUAAAUAUGUAUGUCAAUUACAGAUAAAAUUAUGCAAAAAGCAUGGACAAAUUUGCAUUAAUCUACUUGCUAAGUAGAUUGCAUUGACUGCCAUACAAACCAUUGAGAAAACUAUUUGAAUUUCUACUAAGCAAGAAUGACAAUUUAACAUCUUUUAAUGAGGCCUCCUUUUUUUCAAACACAUAACACAAAAAGAAAAACACUAGAUUUUCAUACUAAACAAAAGAAAAAUACUAAUAUAACUUAUAUAUACACUUCUUGUGUAUUAAUUUUCACUUUUAGAGUGUGACUCUCUGUGAAUCAUUUUAUGACUGUUAUCUGAUAGUGAACCAAAAUUGAAUAGUUUAGAAAAAUUCAGAAAUGUUGCUUUAUUAUAUAUUUAUAUUGAUGCUUACAAGUAGACUAGGUCUUACAGAAAAAUUUUAAUCUCUUAGAAUCCAGUAGAUUUGUAUAAACUUUCUUUUUCUUUAAUUCUUGUUUCAGGUGUACAUUUUACAAAGCUUUUUUUUUUCAGUGUCACUGAUUUUUUCCAGUGAACAUUUUUACUACACAUUAAAUAAAUCUGCAUUAAUAGAACAAAAAAUGCAUUUCAUACUUUAAAAAUGAUUUAAAAUUCACUGGGAAAAAAAUUGAAAGUUUUAGGCCCCUGAAUUAGUCUUUUUCAACUUUGUUUGGAAAAUAAUGUACACAUUUGUUAAAAGGGACCUGCAAUCUAGUAGAUGUAUGAAAUUUUACAUUAACAUUAGUUUUGUAUAUCAUAUUGUGAGUUUAAUAUUUAUUUUUACUGUUUUCCACAACACUAAUAUUAAACUGCCGACCCUUUUCUUUUUUUUUCUGUGUAUUUUAUUUGAUUAGAAAAAAACAAAAAGGUAAAGGUAUGAGCUUAUACAUUGGUUUGUAUGUGAUGUCACACUACAGUUCUUUGUUUUGACAGUAUUGAUUGUUUAUUAAACAGAACAGAACACAAUUUUCA